UUUUCAUCAGAAUCGGAUUGAGGUGAAAGUCCACCAUCGCAGCGAUGUCGUACCCACAGAUCACAUUCAUUCACACCUCCUUCCCGUCAAGCUCGCCCUCCUUCAUCAGUCGCCGGCGGGGGGUUGUAUACGCCAACACUCUCCUCUACCAACUCAACGUCCUGAAAGAGACAGGGCGCUACGACGCCUUCAAGCUGAAAUGGCACGACUCAUACAGCGACAAGCCGAACGUCUGGCCCGUCCCGAACCACCUCUUCUGGGACUCGGACGUUGCGAAGUGGCUUGAGGGAGCUUGUUACUUUCUGAUGACAGAAGAGGGGGAGAAUGAGGAGAUCGAUGGCGCGGUCAAGGAGCUGGUGCAAAUGAUUAGGGGCGCGCAGGGGGAGGAUGGGUAUCUGAAUAUCCAUUUUACGGUUGUGGAGCCGGCGAAGAGGUUUACGAAUUUGAGGGAUUUGCAUGAAUUGUAUAAUGCGGGACAUCUGAUCGAAGCUGCACUAGCUCACUCCAGGCAUUACCAGAAUGAUUUGUUGAUGGAACCGCUGGUUAAGUAUGUUGACUUGCUGUACGAGACUUUUGGCCCAGGGCCGGCGCAGAAACAUGGCUAUCCUGGCCACCCGGAAAUCGAGCUCGCGCUGCUUAGACUGUAUGAGAAGACGGGCAAUCCGAAGCAUUUGAGCCUAGCGCAAUACUUUAUAACAGAGCGGGGAAAUCCAACUGGGCAAUAUGGACGCCAUUACUAUGAUGUCGAGGCUGAGGCUAGAGGAGAAGGAGAGCAUCAGGUACCGGCGUACAUGGAAUCAAAAGGAGCUUAUUGGUACCACCAAGCUCACAAGCCGAUCAUCGAGCAAGAGACAAUAGAAGGCCAUAGCGUGCGAGCCAUGUAUCUGCUUACUGCAGUAGCCGACUUGGUUCGCGUGGAAAGCAAAACCGAUCGCGAUUCGUACCGAAAAGCUUUGCAACGUCUGUGGAGCAACAUGGUUGACAAGAAAAUGUACUUGACAGGGGGCAUCGGAGCCAUGGGGCAAUGGGAGGGAUUUGGACUUGAUUACUUCCUGCCGUCUGGGUCAGAUGAGGGCGGAUGCUAUGCAGAGACUUGCGCUGCAAUUGGAGUUAUGAUGCUUGCAGAGAGGUUGCUCCAGAUAGAUUUGGACGGGAAGUUUGCGGAUAUCAUGGAGCUAUGCUUUUACAAUGCAGUCAUGACGGGCAUGUCUGCCAAGGGAACACAGUUCACAUACGUCAACCAACUGGCGUCGAGCGAUAAACACCUCUCACAGCGCGCCAAGUGGUUCACCUGCGCAUGCUGUCCACCGAAUGUUACCAGACUUCUGGGGUACAUUGGAGGGUAUUUGUGGAGCUUUGACACUGACGAGCAAAAAAAGUCGGUACUGGUGAAAGUUCAUAUGUACUCUUCAGCUCAGUUAUCAAUUUCUGUUGGAAAAGACACGGUCGAACUUGAACAGAAAUCGAACUGGCCUUGGAAUGGCAAGAUAGAGCUCACUCUUCGAGGUAUUUCUGAAGUCGCAACAACGAUCAAGCUUCGAAUCCCUGGUUGGGCUGAAGGGUGGGAGAUCUCGCCAAGUCUUCCAAGCAAGCAUGUCGAGAAAGGAUACUUGACCCUUCCCGCAGAUUGGCUGAAGCACAACCCAAAAUUCGAAUUGAACAUUCCACUCAAGCCAAGAUUCGUCUCACCUCAUCCAUACACAAACCAAGACAUCGUAGCACUUGCCCGAGGACCUCUCAUAUAUUGCGUCGAGGACUUCGACAACUCUUGGGUGGAUGACCACUUCAAAAGCCUGCUGCUCGAUCCCACAGCGGCUAUCGAGGAGAAAGAAGGUGCGGCCGACGAGGUUGGAGAACCGUAUAUUGGGUUGACAAUUCGCAAUGCUGCGUCAUUCAUUGAUGUCGAUAAAAGCCAUGCUCCCCAUAUGAGUCUGAAAUCUGCCACGCAAGAGAAGGCGUCCGGCGCGGAUGAGCUGCACUUCAUACCGUAUGCUUUGCGGGAUAACCGUGGAGGAAAAGGGCAUAUGCGAGUGGGGAUUCGUAGAAAACGUUAGGCAUAAUCGAACAAUGAUGAGAAUCUAAACACUUCAUUUCUGACUCAAAAUGCCCAAGUCCCUCUACGCAAUGGACAAAUCGUGAACAAG